UACGAAACACCGUUUUGUUUACCUUCGAAACUGAAAGUAGGAAUUUUCGGAAAAGGAAAACCAAAUUAAGUUCAGUAAUGAGCAAAACAUUCACAUCUAGACCUGGAUUGACUAAUUCUCGAGGCAGAGGUAGGGGCAGCCAGACAAGACAAGUAGAAGCAGUUAAUGCCAACAGAUUAGAACAAACGAAUCGAGGAACAGAGGCAAGAGCUGGAGCAAGACCACGGGUGGCACAACCACGGCCACAGGCACAGGUGCAGCCUCCACCAUUUGGACGAUCUAGGAUGGCAGGACAAGAACAGACAGAUUUACCGACCGGAGAUGAAAACCAAGGUUCUGGUGCAGAAAGAAGGAUGACAUAUCAAGGUGGAUACAGCAUGAUUGCCCCAGACCAGCGACGGAGGGAGCAGAUUAACCAAGUUGCUCAGAGAGAAACACAAGCAUAUCAGGAACAUAAACAACAGAACACCCCUGGCUCUUUCAACUAUGUAGGAACUGCAGGUGGAGGGCAGUUGACACAAGCUGAAGCAAGAAGAAAACUGAUUCAGGAAAGUCCUUCUAAAACACAAAAGCUGCUGAAGAAAGAGGAGAAAAAAUCCUAUUUCAAACAGAAGGAAGAAGAAGAAAUACAGAAGAAGAAAGAAGAACAGAGGAGAAAGGCAGAACAAAAUGAGAAGAGAAAGAAAGAGGAAGCGAAAGCUGCUGAACACAGAUGGGACAACCAGAGAAAAGUGGCAAAUGAAGCCUUCCUAAGGAGAUUUGAGAAUAAAAGUAAAAGACUUGCAGGAGCGAAACCAUCUUCAAGUACUCAGCCAACACCGAAUACAUCUUCAUCAGAGUCGUAUGAGAGAUUGCAGCCAGAAGGUGCUGUGGGAAGUUCAUUUCCAGUUGCCAUGGACACUCAUCACUAUUCAGACACAGAUGAAGAACUUAGUUCAAUGGAAACACGAAGAGUCAGUCAGCUAGCUGCUAUUUUUCCACAGUAUCCUGAAACAGAACUUUUGGAAAUACUAAAACAGGUUGACUUCUCAUUGGAUUCAGCUGUAGCCAUUCUACAGGACUGAUGUAAUGGGAUUGUUUUUACUGUGAUAUGAAUGUUGACUAGUGAAGGUUAAUUUGUCAACAUCAGUUUGCAUGAUUUACAUUGAAAUUAUGUAUUUUCUGAAUUUUUCAUAGCAUUACAACAUUUGAUAUUAUUCAAAUCUGAGUAUAAGACCAUUCUUGGUAGAUUCAAAACAUUGUCUUAAUUUCCAUGUGUUCUUUAGUCACUGUUAACGUACACAGCACAAUGUUUAAGUUUUAAAUGUAACUUUUAGUCUCUUAAAGCAUGGUAGUUUCUGUUCAUAGAUGAUAUUUAGUACAAACGUUUAUGUGGGAUAUUGAAAUAGUUUGUAUUUCAUGAAUUUUUCAUAACAUUCCCAUAUUCUAAAUAGGGCAUAAUUUCUCAUGUGAUUUAGUAAUGAUUUUGGAUAUUUUAUGAACUUUAUUGAAUUGAAUACUGAACUCCUUUUAUUUGAUAUGCAGACUGAAGGUUCAGAAGAAAAGAAACAGUUAAUUCCAAAUUUAUAGAUAAUUUUGAGGCAUGGGGGUAUUGAAACUUAAAAUUGAAAGAGCACUAUUUUAAGUUUAGGAAUAUAUUUUGAAAGACUUUUUCUUAUAAACAGCUUUUUCUUUUAACGUAAAAUUUAUCAAGAAUUGAAAUAAAAAAGAAAUGACAAUAUUUCUGGCAAAUUUUAUGAAAGAAAAACUCUAUCUCUUGACUUGUAGUUGGCAUUGAAGCUUCUGAACAAUCUAUGAAAACUACUAUAUCAUCAGGCAAAAAGGACAGGUUGCCACUGGUAGCAGGUGGCUAGAUACAAGUCACUGCAUUGGCAUAUACAUUAUUAUAAAAAAAGAAUCAUAUUUUUAUAUCUUUGUUGGGGAUUUACUAUUAUAUACCAUAUUUCAAAAUGUCUUUAAAGAAAUCUGUAGACAAAACAUUAUUUGGAAAGUUAAGAUAUUUUGGCUGCAUUUAAUUGUCAUCCUGUACCUUGACACAGUUGUUAAGAGCAUGUUUUCAAGGUAAAUGCCUUGUGGCUUAUAUAUCUGUUUUUCAUGAGUGGGUCAUUUCUAUCAUAUUUUAAGGAUUUUCAUACUUAACAGGAUUGUUACCUUUUAUGCUACAUUUUGUCAUUGUAUGAGCCAUGCCAUGAGAAACCAACAUAGUGCGUUUGUGACCAGCAUGGAUCCAGACCAGCCUGUGCAUCCGCACAGUAUGGUCAGAAUCCAUACUGUUCUCUUUCAAAGCCUAUUGCAAUUAGAGAAACCGUUAGCGAACAGCAUGGAUCGUGACCAGACUGCGCGGAUGCGCAGGCUGGUCUGGAUCCAAGCUGGUCGCAAAUGCACUAUGUUGGUUUUCUCAUGGUGCAACUCAAUUAUAUAAUCAAGGUCAAACAUUCAAGGUCGGGUGAAUGCUUGUAUUUCUGAUAUUGCAAGGAACCUCUCCAUUUGUAUAAUAAUGUGAAAUGUGUAGUGAUAUAACAUGCCAAUGUUGUAUUUUGCAACAUAUUCCCAUAUGUUUAUAUGUUCAUGAAAUUAGCGUAUAUAAAGAAUUGAAUAUGUACAUUUUGUAAUUCAAAAUAACACAUUUGAACUUGGGUUGUCCUUGUUUACACUUUAAAAAAACUAUUUAAUUGGAAUCAGAAUGUCAUGUCAAGUGUUUUACUUGACUUUCUGUUUUUCCAAAUUUGUUUUUCCUUUUCUUUACUUUAGCCAUAAUAAAAGAAAAUACAAGAUUAUGAAGAAAGGAGUUUUACUUUUGUGUGUUGGUGAAAGCUGUUUUUUGACUGUUUACCUCUGUGCCGAAUGGUAGGAUAAAUAAUUGAAGAGGAGGGGUGUAGGGGUUUGGGUGGUGUUUCACCUUUUCUAAUGAUCCUAUGGCAUUCUGUUAUGAAUCGAGUGUUCAUUAGUUACUUUGAAGUAUUAUUUAUAAAGAGGCAUCUUUAUAUUUUACUAUGUAAUGCCUUGUUUGUCAUAUAAUUGCUUUGUUCAGAUAUUUGUUACAUACAUAUUUACAGCACAUUAUAGAUGGUAUUUCCUUGCAUAGAAACAUUUCUUAGUUAAUUAACUUCUCCACAGAAACAUCAUCUUCAGAAGAAACACGUUCUAGUGUUCACAACAGUGUUGCUCUAAAGAGGUUGCAUGGUGUAUAACAUGAAAGAGGUUAUUGCAUGUUAAAGAUGGCUGUAGUAAUAGUGAGGCUAUUAUUAAGUUUUUGAGUUAAAUUGACAUAAUGAUUUAUUUUAAGUUUACACUUUGUUAUGUACUAUAAUAUACUGUUAAUCUAUGUUCCCAUAAAAAUCUGACAAUAAACUAUAAAAUAUUUCA